UUAAAAACUUUUUCUAUGUGAAACACCUCGCUCGUCAUGUCGUUUGCUCCUUUUUAUUGUAUUUCGGUAUUAAAAACAUUAACUUCAAUAUAUUAGGGGGAUUCUCUGUUUGUGAUUCAGUCAACAACCAUCCACGAGAGAGGUAAAACGCGCCGUGAAAGCAGCUCUCUCGCGAUCGUGCCACGAUCGCAAAACUUGCAACAUAUACACAACAUACAAUACGAGUUUGAGAGUAAAAGUUGGGCUGGAAAAGUGAUUUUGAGGUAGUUAGUGAGGAAGAGUUGGGAAGAGAAGUUGGCAAAUUCCUUUCUUUCUGCAAAAGGUGCUAAAGUGUAACUAAUUUAUAAGUUUGAGGAAAAUGGCAAUGGAAAAUGAAACGGAUAAAUGUGCAACGGGUGCAACAUCCAAAAUAAUCUUCACAACUACAAACGGCGAAAAGUUGGAGAAGGGCUGUUUUAAUUUUGGACACACUAUUCCGGAACUAACUAAGGAUGAUGGACUGAAACAGCCACAAGGGUCACAUCUUAAUACCCAAAUUAUUAUUGGAAGAACUUCACCAACAGAAUAUCCCACCGUGAAGGAGUUUAUGAAGAAAAUGGGUGCUAUGGCUAUUAUGAGUGAUACAACACUUUUUUUGUUGUUCACAAUCUGGGUAAUUCUAGUCGAAACUGCAAUAAUCCCUUCACACAAGAGAGGUUUCAUCUGUGGGGAUCUUUCAAUAUCCUUCAAAUUUGAGGGUGAUACAAUUACAACUGCUAUGAUUUUGAGUAGCGUCGUAAUACCAUUCCCAUUGAUGUGGUUGAUAGAGCUUUUAAAGCUGCGAAGUCAAUCAAGCAGAUUAGCCCUAUGGAAGAGAGCAUUGUACAUAACACUGAAUUGGUACAAUAAAUUUCUCAUAGGAUUCUUAAUUCAUCUUUGUCUUGUGGAAGCUAUGAAGACUAUCAUGGGAGAGUGUAGACCUCACUUCUUGGACACAUGUCGACCUGAUACAGCGAUCAAUUGCACAAUAGGGACGUUUGUCAGUGAUUUCACGUGCACAAACACCGAGGUGCCAGCUUCACUAGUAAGUGACAGCUACAGAUCAUUCCCAUCAGGACAUUCCUCAGUUGGUCACUACGAAGGACUCUUCAUGGCGUGGUUCCUGUACAAACGCUUCCCAAAUACCAGAUGCAAAUGGAUUGUUCCUUUCCUACAAACAGGAUGCUUAAUAUGGGGAGCUGCUUGUGGAAUUACGAGGAUAACUGAUAAUCGGCAUCAUUGGUGGGAUGUGCUCAUUGGUGCAAUUAUUGGGCUCUUAGCUGCCGUCUAUGCUGCUAAGUCCUUGUGCCAUAACUUUAGAGUCUUCAGAACGAGUUGGAGUGAAGAACAACUGGAAUCAUCAUCAACAGAGGCCCACAAGAAUGACAAUCAACUCCUAUGCGUAUCUACAAGUGGGAAAGACGAUGUAAAUUCACAUACUGCAUAAUUCCAUAAGCCACCUGUUAUAUACAGCCCGUAGAAAUGUAGAAAAUACAGCGAGAGAUGAGCUGUAGUUAGCUCACAUUAAAUUCUAGACUGUCUUAAAAUGAAAACUUUCAGAUCAAAGCAGAGAAACAGCUGAAUCUGCAUUUUCUUUAAGACAGAAUAGAAUAAUUUUCCUCUCUAAGCAAAUUGUAAAUAUGCAUUUUUAAGCUUUUGGCUUUAAUCCCUAAAUUUUCCUUUUAGAUUUAAAAUUUUUUUGAGGCUCUAUUGCUAAAGUUUUAAUUGGAAGCGAAAAAAUAUUUUUUUUUAAUAAUUUUUAAAAGUCUAUUGAAUUUCUAAAUUAUUCUUUAUUAAACGCAUAUUUUGCCAGAAUAGAACAUUUAAAGAAAAAAUCUAGUUAGUAAGAUUUUAUUAAUUAUUUUUUACGGAGAAUUUAAACAAAAAGGAUUUCAGAACAUAUCAUAUUAAAUUUAUUUUUAAGUAGAUACUCAUUCCAAUUUGUAUUAACUUAGAGACCAUUCCUUGUUUUCAUAUUUUUUAAUUGUUUAUUAAAUAUCUAUAUAUUUUUUGAUACAUAAAUUUUUUCUCAAAAAGAUUAUUUUGUAAAAAAAAUUCUGGGGAAGGACAGCUCAAGAAGUUAGAAAUUGUUUUUUUUAUCCUUUGAAAGCUUAUUAAAAGCUUAAAAGCUUCCUACAAGGGCAAAGAGUAAUUCUUCCCUAAUUGUUUUUUUUUGCAGAUCAAUGAACUAUUAUUUGUAUUGAUGCGUGUACAUGAAUUAAUAUUAUUUCAUAGAGAUUAUUAGUUAUAUAGAAAAAAAGUUGUAUAUUUAUCAUGCAUAAAAUACAAAGUUUUUUGAUUUUA